GGGCGCCGACACCAUGAGCGUGGGCUUCAUCGGGGCUGGCCAGCUGGCCUUCGCCCUAGCUAAGGGCUUCACGGCAGCAGGCGUCCUGGCUGCCCACAAGAUAAUGGCCAGCUCCCCGGACAUGGAUUUGAGCACGGUUUCUGCCCUCAGGAAGUUGGGGGUGACACUGACGCCCCACAACAAGGAGACGGUGCAGCACAGUGAUGUGCUAUUCCUGGCUGUGAAGCCGCCCAUCAUCCCCUUCAUCCUGGACGAGAUCGGGGCUGACAUAGAGGACCGCCACAUCGUGGUGUCCUGUGCUGCCGGCGUCACCAUCAGUUCCAUCGAGAAGAAGCUGAGGGCAUUCCAGCUGGCCCCCAAAGUCAUCCGCUGCAUGACCAACACGUCGGUGGUGGUGCAGGAGGGCGCCACCGUGUACGCCACGGGCACGCACGCCCAGGUGGAGGACGGCCAGCUCCUGGAGCAGCUCAUGAGCAGCGUGGGCUUCUGCACGGAGGUGGAGGAGGACCUCAUCGACGCCGUCACCGGGCUCAGCGGCAGCGGCCCUGCCUACGCAUUCACUGCGCUGGAUGCCCUGGCUGACGGUGGUGUGAAGAUGGGGCUUCCUCGACGCCUGGCGGUCCGCCUCGGUGCCCAGGCACUGCUGGGGGCCGCCAAGAUGCUCCUGGACUCAGAGCAGCACCCAGGCCAGCUCAAGGACAAUGUCUGCUCCCCGGGGGGGGCCACCAUCCAUGCCCUGCAUGUGCUGGAAAGCGGUGGCUUCCGUUCGCUGCUCAUCAACGCCGUGGAAGCCGCCUGCAUCCGCACGCGGGAGCUGCAGUCCAUAGCUGACCAGGAGAAGGUCUCUCCUGCUGCUGUCAAGAAGACUGCCUUGGACAAGGUGCAGCGGGCCUCCCCUGUGGGGGCCUCACAGUCUCCUGGCUGUGCCAAGUUGUCCUCUCGAAGCCUGGCCCCAGCCGGCAAGAAGGACUGA